AUGCAUGUAGUAACUUCAAGCAAUACAGAAGCAAUUUCCAAGUGGUGUGAAAUCGCCAAGAUAGUAGCAGAUGAAAGCAACAUUGGUACCAAGCCUGUACACCGUUUCCUCAAAGAAACUGGUUGCCCAGAAUGUUACCUGGACAAUGCCGAGUAUCUCGAGAAGUUUGACCCUCACGGGCUUUAUCCAACAUCCAUUUACCGCAAAUGUGAAGGAGACAUUUUGUCCAAACCUGAUGCCUCGGUGGUCGAGUGCACCAUGAGGCAUACCCUGACCACAACCGCAAAAAUUGCGUAUAAAGUAUUAGACCCAGCCAAUCCAGAGCUGAAAAACGUGUAUAAGCCAUUAGGGAGGUGUGUGGCAGUUGUUGAUAGCAAUGUGAAUAAAAUCUACGGAGAAGAAAUACAGGCGUAUUUCGAUGAGCACUGCAUCGAACUGCAGAAGGUUGUCAUUACCGCUGGCGAAGUUGACAAAGAUAUCGCAACAGUACAGAACCUCCUUGUGAUGCUGAAAAAGUUACGAGUCAAGCGAAACGAGCCUGUUUUUGUCGUGGGAAACGGCGUCAUACAUGACGUCACCGGCUGCGCAUGCUCCAUGUAUCAUCGUAACACACCUUACAUAAUGCUGUCCACCAGCGUGGUGGCUGGCAUCGACGCUGGUCUCUCUCCUCGCACUGGUUGUGACGGAUUUGGCUUCAAAAACCUGUUCGGUGCGUAUCAUCCUCCUGUUCUAACGCUCACUGACAGAAGCUUUUUCCGCUCUCAACACAGCGCCUGCUUGCGUCACGGCAUUGCUGAAAUUGUUAAGAUAGCGGUGGUGAAAGAUGAGGAACUCUUCUCCCUGCUAGAGCAGAAGGGGUGUAAUCUUCUGUCUACCAAGUUUGGCACAGAAAUGGAAGGCUUCCAAGGAGAUCAAGAGGCCUUUGGACGCGUUUGUGAUCUCAUUAUUGGCAAAGCUCUCGAAUACUACAUGAGAUCCGAAUACAGCAACAUUUUUGAAACGCAUCAGUGUCGCCCACACGCAUANUACACAAUACUACAAGGGACACUUCCCACUAGCUAA